AUGAAAUUCAUGUUAACAUACCAUGUGAUCCAUCACCCCAAUUCAACAUACUUUAUUGAAAAAACAACCCAAUACGUGAUGAAUGAAGUAAGAGACGACAACAUUAUCUUAGCUAAUGAUCUCCAAGUUAGUCUAACUAUCAUACACUACAACCCCAACGCAACAUCAAGAUUCGAUGUUGAUCUCACCAUCACCAACCUAGAGAGUACCAAUAGGCCUCCAACUACUGAAGAGAUAAGCACUGUAUGCAUUGUAUGCUUCAGAGAUUACAACGAUGCAUUGAUCAGUGGCUUUGUACCAAAAUAA